AUUGUUGUGCAGUCCACGAUGUUACUUGCUCGCACUGCGCUGCUCCUCCUGGCUACCGUCACCGCCACGGCGAACGCCCAGAACACCAAACAGGGGCUGCUUGAUUUCUACGCGACGCAGACCAAUCUGGAGGACAAGGCGAACCUCUUCGCCGCGCAGAACUACGGCAAAUACGCGCAGCCGAACCUCACCCAGCUUCAAAACAUCGCCAACCACAUCAAGAACUGCAGCGACGCGCUCGACCUUGCCACAAUCUCCGUCACGGGGCUCAUCCCCCGCGGCCUCAACUUCCCGCUCAUCGACGCCCCGGCGCAGGACACGAUCAACAAGCGCUUCAUCCCGCCGACCCAGAAAACAAUCACCGGCCACCUCCGCAAGCUGCUGAAAUACACACCGUUCUACGACGACGUCCAGGCCAGCCCCGCACUGAAGAUCAAGAUCUGCCACUGGGUCGGUGGCCUGGCGUACCAGAACGUCAUAUUCCUGGGGCUCAUGGGGCAGGCCGCUCCGAUCUAUACGGACGCUUGGACACAGUUGCAGACGGAGGCUGCGAGUGUUUACAGCGAGUUCUUGGGCGAUAUCGAUGGGUUCGCAUGCGAUGGGCUAAAGGAGGAACUUGAAAUAUUGUCCCUCGCGCUCCUGGAGCUCGAAGAUCGUGCUGCUCCAUCUGCCCCUGAUUCGUACAUGCGGUAUCUUCCAAUCAGUCUGCGUGGUGUGGCUUCCAAUCACUCUCCAAUUCCGGCUUCACUCUGUUUGUCUGCUGUUGCGUAA